AAAUUAAGCCAUUUUUCGUCUCUACAAAAGCAGGUUGCUUACCUAAGACUAAUCUACAUCAGAAACAAAAUAUAGCUCUUCAAUACCAACAAGCAAUGGCAAGCAAUGGAGAAAAUGGUAGACACCAAGAAGUUGGACACAAGAGUCUCUUGCAAAGCGAUGCCCUAUAUCAGUACAUUCUUGAAACAAGUGUGUACCCGAGAGAGCCUGAAGCCAUGAAAGAGCUAAGAGAGAUUACUGCAAAACACCCUUGGAACCUUAUGACCACCUCUGCUGAUGAAGGUCAAUUUUUGAAUAUGCUUCUCAAACUCAUCAAUGCCAAAAACACCAUGGAAAUUGGGGUUUUUACUGGUUACUCUCUGCUGGCAACUGCUAUGGCUCUUCCUGAUGAUGGCAAGAUUCUAGCAAUGGAUAUUAACCGCGAUAACUAUGAGAUUGGUCUUCCAGUAAUUGAAAAGGCUGGUCUAGCGCACAAAAUUGAAUUCAGAGAAGGCCCUGCACUUCCUGUUCUUGACCAAAUGAUUGAAGACGGCCAAUACCAUGGAUCAUAUGAUUUCAUAUUUGUGGAUGCUGACAAGGACAACUAUUUGAAUUAUCACAAGAGAUUAAUUGACUUGGUUAAGGUUGGUGGAGUAAUUGGCUACGAUAACACCUUAUGGAACGGAUCAGUAGUGGCACCACCUGAUGCACCCCUUAGAAAAUACGUUAGGUAUUAUAGGGAUUUCGUAUUGGAACUCAACAAGGCCUUAGCUGCUGAUCCCAGAAUUGAAAUCUGCCAGCUUCCCGUUGGUGAUGGCAUUACCCUUUGCCGUCGUAUCAGUUAAAAUAUUCAACAUGCCACCCACAGGAUUCAUAACAACGGGGAAUUUUAUCAUUUUUUAAAUUCUCUGUUUUCAGUAUUCAAUUGCAUUGUCUAUGCUGUUUAUUUCACAGUGUAUAUUCUUAUAAAUUAAAAAAGAAAUUCAUGGUCAGAUAUGUAAUGUUCAAAAUUUAUGAUUGGUGAGAAUAGCACGACAUAACU